AAGAGCGGCAGUUGCAUUUUGGACCCAGUGCGAGGUGGGUGCGCGUUCCCGCCGCUCCCGCCGCCCGUCUGUGAAAGUUCGAACUCUUGGUCUUACACGCCUUGAGGAGGAAGAUAUAAAUUACUAUUGACCUGUUGCUUACCUGUUCUGCCCCGUGUCGCGAAGAACCGUAUCCCUAAAAAUAACAAACAAACACGUAUAGAAAUGAAAAAGAGGAAGAAAUAAGAAGCGAGUGACAGAACUGAACGAAAGAAAAAAUAAAGGUAGAAAAAAAGAACACUCCUUGAUUAUUUAAAUACAGGUUGAAAAUUGAUACGGGAAUUGAUAGUUUGUGUGACGGGAAAAAAAAGUGAUAGAAAGAUUUUACGGAAUAAGUGAAUUGAGAGAGAGAGAGAGAGAGAGAGAGAGAGAGAGAGAGAGAGAGAGAGAGAGAGUGCGCACGCCAAACUUCGACGGUCGGAAUAAGAAAAAACAAAGAAGGAAGAAAUAAGGAAGAAAAAGCAUAUCAAGAAGAAAGAAAAUGGAGGAGCGACUCGACUCAUGAAGAUGAUGCUUAGAAGAGGAGAGAAGAGGAAGGAGGAGGAGGAGGAGGGGAGGAGGGAUGGAGGGGUGAUGGUGGAGCAGCGUUGAUGUGACACCCCCCACAACACCCCCAACACACCACCACCGCCACCACCCAUCAGCACACCUCUCCUAUACUCCUCCCAUACUCCACCACAAUGACCACCACCUCCACCACCUCCAUCCUCUCCUCCCCCCUCCACUCCUCCGCCUCCACCUCCGCCGCUGCUAAUGACCCCUACGUGGAGAUUGAGCAAUACCUACGACGAGCUGAGGAGGAGAUCAGCGCCGUCUUCGGGGAUGGUGAGGUGACAGGUGACGGUCCGCCACGCCCACGACCGCCCACCCGCCCACCCCAGCCAGACAGUUCCACCGCUCUCCCCAAGCCCCGCCUUGCGCGGCGCCAGAGCUGUGCCCCGCCCGUGCCGCCUCGCCGCCGCACGCCCAGCGUCAGGAAGCCCCGUCGAGCCUCGGCACCCGCCCUGCCCCACGCCUACGAUGGCGCCGCGUCGCCCCGGCAGCCCCGCACCGACCCCCACCUGCAGGCGUGGUCCCGCGGCCUGCUGAGGGACUUCCGCCGCCUCGUGGACCAGGAGCUGCGAGCCCUGGGCGGGGCUGUGCCUGAGGCCGCCAACGGGACCCCCGACGCCUCCACGCCGGACGGCCGGAGCGCUGAGGAGGAAGAAGAGGAGGAAAGUGCGGCGGAAGGGGAGGAGGCGCGGAGCGAAGAUGCCGGUGCGGCGGGGCGGCCAGUGAGGCGGGCCGCCGGCCGAGUCAUGGGCGCCACGCAGAGCAACGAGCGCUCGGUACCGUGGGCGGGGGACCCCAGGACGUACACGCUGCCGCGGACGGGCGGGCGGCGCAGCGUGAGUGUGAGCGGCACGGUGGCGGACGUGGUGUUCCGCACCUCCGCGGGGCACCCCGACGCCCCCGACCCCGCGUGUCGCCUGCUGCGGAUCAACCCGCGCCUGUCGCGAUCCCACUCCCUGGAUGAGUCGUGUCCCCUCAGCCCCUGGGCGAUGCACCACCUCGCCCUCAUCGACGCCGCCCACACCAGCCCGCCGCCCACGCCCGCCCACACUAACAACAACAAGGCCAAGAAGCGCGCUACGAUGGGUGCCGCCCAGCCCGAGGCUACGCCCUCGGCCCCCGCCACCCCUGCCUCCGGGGCGGCGCGGCAAAAGCUGAUCAGGAAGACGGGCCGCCCGGAGCUGUUCAACGAGCAAUGGCGGCCACCGACCAACGGUUGGCCGGAGCCCCCGCCCUCUCCCAGGGGACCGCCGCCCCCCAGCCCCGCCGUACCCAUCACCAAUCCAGCGGCCUCAGCCUUCACGCCGGAAGAUUUGCGUAAGGGCGUGAGCGAAUCCUGGGCGUGGGCAGACGAGGACGACGCCUGCAGCCUGACCGACCGACCUUGUGACUCCAAGGAUUGUCCGCACUGCCGGGCGAAGGGCGGCGGCCAGCGAGCCACUCUCCCUCGCCUGCUAGUGGAUCCCCCCCACGAGACCGAUGGCAGCGUGUCUGACGACCCGACGGGGGCGACGGAGGAGCGACAGCGGCAGGAGCGGCGCAGCGAACCUGCACUAGCGGGAACGACGUCCCCGGAGGAGCUUGACGGGCGCCGCCACACCCUGCCGACGCAACGCUCUGGCGGCGCCUCGCGGCUCAUCGUGCCGCCGCCCGUCUUCAGCACUUCGUCUUGGGAGGCGUUGCCGCCCGCGGACGAGCUGGAGGUGGAGCUUGAAGAAAAGACAAUCACGGAGGCCCUGUCGUUGCCCCCCGCACCCCCCACACCCACCGCGUUCCCUGCACCCCCCAGCCCCUCCUCCUCACACUCCCUCAACUCGUCCCUCUCGUCCCUGUCACACCUUAGCGUCCACCGAGACCACUCCGAGUAUGGCUCGUGGCCCCCCUCCCCGGCCACCGACCCCGCCCUCUGCCCAGAAGUCUUCUUCCUGCCGGGCUUCACGCCUUCCCCGCUGCCCCCCGCCCCGCCCUCCCCGCUGCCUCCCCCACCCCCCUCUCCCAUCGCCAUCUCAAGCCUGGAAGCGGAGCAGCCAAUCCAAUCCGUGACCGCGUCUCAGCCGCCGCCGAUCAUGGGCACGCUGCUCGUGGCGCCGCCCACCCCGCAGGGUACCGCCGGGGACAUCAUCUUCUCCGUCACCAUCCCGCCUGCGCCGCCCAGCCCUCCCGCCACCCCCCGCGAAGGUGAGGCCAGCGAGGCGCGGGACAGUACCAGCGGCGGCACGCCCCACACGAACGACUCACCAGACGGCGGGCAGGACACGUCCUGGGCCGCCACGCCGGAGCACUUCGCCGUGAACGGACUGGAUGACCCUCCCCCUCCUGCCCCCGAAGAGGGGUGGAAACCCUCCGCGCCCCGCCGCCCCGCCCUGCCCGUCAGACAACGCAGCUUUUCGCUGGACGAAAGACGAACGCCGACCCGACCCCGCUCGAGUGCCACCCCCCCCGAGCUGGAGACAUUCCCAACGGACCCUCUGGAGGACUUCCUGCGCGCCGUGGAGUCCCGCAUCCCGAGGAGCAGCCUGCCCGCCACCCCGCCUCCGCCCAUCCCCCUGGCCUCGCCGCCCUCCACCCCGGCUUCCACGCCCUCCACCCAUGACGGCCCCUCUCCGCCCACCGUGGUGCUGGACGCCUUCACCCAGACCUCCCCCGCCGCCUCCCCGCCCUCCGCCUCCCGUGCCUCCUCCGACGCUUGGCUCAGUGAGUGUGGCUGCGACGACCACACCUCCCUCGAGCCCUGCCCCAACUCCCUCGCCCUCAGCGCCACGGAGGAUGACUACGAGGACGACGACGACGACGACGAUGACGAUGAUGACUGGUCUGCGGACGGCUCCGUGUCGUCCUCGUCGCCGCCGCACACCCCCGCCUCGCUGCCCCGGGACGACUCAUCGCUGUCCCUAUCUGAGUCGCUGGACACCUUGGACCUGAACGGCGAGUCCGGCAUCGGUACGGUGUCCACGCGACCCUCCGGCAGCCCGCGCCCCGCCCCCGCCCUGGACCUGUCGGGCUCCAACCUCUCCUCGGAGGACACGGGGCUCGAGAACAGCUUCGAGAGGCAGAUCCGCCGCUACAUCCCCGCGGAGGGCGGCAGCGGGCGAACCAGCGGUGAGGUGUACCGACGGCGGCGCCCUCGUCCCCGCGCCCCCGAGCAGUGGGUGAGACGCGAGAACCAGACCACACAGACGGACCCCGAGCCGCCCAUGCCCCUCCGCAGCCCCCAGGAGAGCUACAUAGAGUCCCUGGGGCGCGGGCGUGGCGGGCAUGAGGCGCGGGCCGUCAGGCACACCCACAGCGAACCGCGCCUGGACAUGACCAUGACCCCCGUGUCCGGCACCCUGAGGGACGUGUGUAGCGAGGCCGCCCUCCCGCCCCUGCCCAUGCACUCCCCCCGGCCCUCCCUCACGCCCUCAGCCCCCUUCCUGCCCACACUAACAGAGGACAAACCACCCAUCGCCCCCAACACGAGGAUCUCCCGCCCCCGCCACCUCUCCCUCGGCUCCUCGCCCCACCACCACCACCAUGGGAAGGCCUGCUCCGCCCCCGCCCUCGAGUCCCGCUGGCUGCCCCCCGCCCACCACACGCCCGCCACCACGCCCUCGGAAGAUUCGUCAGGAGAAACGCCGGUGCUGACGACCCGCGCUCAGUCCUCCAAGGAAUUAGCAGGUGAGUGACUUCAGAGGUGUUGA